AUGAGUUUAUUACAGAAACUUACUGAUUAUAUGCUCUCUCAACUGUCUCUCUGUCUGUCUCUCUGUCAGACUGCACCGUUCUCUCUCUUUGAACCUCACUUUCAGACUCCCUUUCUCUCUCUCUCUGCUGGUGACUGCUGUUUUUGAAGAUGUCUAAUGGGGAGCAGAUUGUUUGCAGUGUUGAGGAGUAUUUCCAGGAACGAGGGCCAACCGUUACAUUUAGCAACUUGCACUACUGUGUUCAGGAGAAGAGGUUCUGCUGCAAGAGAGGCCCUGAAAAAUACAUCCUCAAAGACGUGAGUGGCAUCAUGAGACCUGGGAUGAAUGCUAUCAUGGGCGCCACUGGAAGUGGUAAAACAUCACUCCUGGAUGUAAUCGCAGGCAGAAAAGACCCUGCUGGACUGCAGCAAGGAAAAGUCUUGGUGGAUGGCAAAAUCGUCACGUCUGACCUCAGGCUCAGCUCUGCCUAUGUGGUUCAGGAUGACAUCCUGAUGGGCACUCUGACUGUGAGAGAGAACCUUCUGUUCAGUGCCAACCUCCGUCUCAACCCUCAGCAUCACUCCUCCACUGAUAAAAACAGCAGAGUAGAUGCCAUCAUACAAGACCUGGGCCUAACAGACUGUGCAGACACUAAGAUAGGGACAGAGUUUCUGCGUGGCGUAUCUGGAGGUGAAAGGAAGAGGUGCAGCAUCGGGAUGGAGCUCAUCACCUCUCCCUCUCUGCUGUUUCUGGAUGAACCGACCACCGGACUGGAUUCUAACACUGCAAACUGUAUCAUCGGUCUACUGCACACGCUGUCCAGAAGAGGUAAGACUGUGAUCUUCUCCAUCCACCAGCCACGCUACUCAAUCUUCAGGCAGUUUGACCAUCUGACUCUGAUGCAUAAAGGGGAGGUGGUGUACGCAGGAGCGGCAGACCAUGCACUGGAGUACUUCACAAACCUUGGCUACCAAAUUGAGUCCUUUAACAACCCUGCUGAUUUCUUUAUGGACAUCACAAAUGGAGAGGCAAAAUCAACAUUAGAAUCACUUACUGCAGAGUGUAAAAACCCACUGGCAACCAAGUACCACCAGUCCCAACUGUGCCAGAAUGUGCUUGAGGAGUUGGACCAUGUGAACCAGAGCAUUGCUGAAGGGGCCAAAGGUCAAGACAAGGCAGCCGACUAUGCUACCUCUUUCUUCUAUCAGGUGCGUGUGGUGUGUGGCAGGACAGUACUGAACUCUCUGAGGAACCCUCAGACCUCUUAUGCCCAGUUGAGUCUCAACAUCUUUUUUGCAAUUCUGGUGGGACUCAUUUAUUACCAAAUGCCCUUAACGCUGCCCGAGGCUUUACAGAACAGGAGUGGAGCAUUCUUCUUCCUUAUCAUCAACAUGGUGUUUGGGAAUCUCUCUGCUGUUGAACUCUUUAUCAAUGAAAGGGCGAUCUUCAUUCACGAGAACUCCAGUGGCUAUUACCGUACUUCUGUCUACUUCCUGUCCAAGAUCUUUGCUGAUCUCAUCCCCAACCGCAUCAUCCCCAUCUUUGUGUUUUCAGCCAUCGCCUACUAUAUGAUGGGGUUGAAGCCUUCCUUUGAGGCCUUCAUGUGUUUUGCCCUGACCAUGUCUCUGGUCAGUCUGGCAGGAGUUGGUCUGGCCUUCCUCGUCUCAGCGAGUGUAUCUUCAUUUGCCAUGGCUAACAUCCUCAUUGCUCUACCCUUUGUCUUCAUGAUGGUCUUUGGUGGAUUUCUUGUUAAUCUCAAUGCCAUGCUGAGCUGGCUCUCCUGGCUGAAAUGGAUCAGUAUCUUCAGAUAUGGAUUGAAUGCUGCAUUCAUCAACGAGAUGACAGGACAGUUGUUCUACAUCAACACCACCAUUAUCCCAGGGGAGCUGUUCCUGAAAAGCCAGGACAUCAACUACUCUGUGUGGGGCUUCUGGCAGAACCAGGUGGCUCUGCUGGGAAUCAUAUUGGUCUGCAUGUUCCUGGCCUACGUUCAGCUGCGACGAAUCAACCGCUGGAAAUGAUGCCCGUCCAUCAACCAUGCAUUGUGGGUUUUAUCUUAUCUUUAUCUUAUCUUAUUUAACAGACCUCAAAUGAAACACAUACCAUCAUUUGCGGUAAAAAAGAAAAUAAUAAUAAUUUGUGCACCAGAUGAAAUAAGCUUUCUACUGUGAUUAUUUAUUACUCAAAAUCAAAAUGUUUGUUGAACAUUACACAUGGAAUCUCUCUCUCUCACUCACUUACACUCUCACAUAAACAAACACACGUGUUGCAACAUUUGAAUCCCAGGUGGAUAAGCUGCCACUAAGCACACUUGGUCUGUGCAUGAGGGAAUGUACAGCAAUAGCCAAUCCAGCAUCUUAAGUCCUUACAAAGCUACUUACAGUGAGCGGGACAACGGUUAAAGUAAAGAUGUACAGAAUCAGUUUAAAAAAGUCACAUUUCUCAGUUCUCCAAGUAAAAAAUAAUUAGUGCAUAAAGCUAUUUCUUUUUUAUUAAUGCCUUGCAGAAACAGUGAAUGAACUGUCAUUAUAUUUUUAUGUAAUAUACCUUUUAUUGUUAGAAACUUUAUGCAAGUUUUACAAAAAUAUUAUACUGAUAGAAUUAAUUAAACAUAAAGGUAUGGAUGUAAACUCAUUAGAUGCAUGCUGUAAAACGUGAUUACAGUGCAUGGAAAAUGAUUCACACGAUAGAAAAGCUUUCAAAAAUGAACCCUUUAAUUUUCCUAGCUUUAAGGUUGGAAAAUUAUCUAAUUCCACUCUGACAGUAUCACAUAUAUAUUUUGUAUCAUCUUGUGCCAGCUCUUCAUUACAGCUUUAUGAUGUUUACACAGAGUGGAAUAUUCAAACCCAAGACUCAGUGAUGUUUAUGGCUGCACCAUUGCAUUAAAUGGAAAUAUUCUAGAUCUCUUGUGCAUCAUUUUACACACAUUACCCCCAAUGAUUAAGCAUUUGAAAUGACUGACCUGGACAAAGGGUCCUUGGGGUUGAAGAGGUUAACAGUAACCAUAUUUUUAAAUUAGAGCAAAUUUUGAAUAAAAUAUAAUUAACUUUU